AGGCAUGUUUUAUGUUUCUUAAGCCGUUAAUCACGGUGUAGUACUUUGUCUAGUUAUAUAGAAAACUCUACAUCAUUAGAAAACAUAACAAUAUUCAUCAUAUUAGUAACAUCUUCAUCAUAUUAGUAACAUAACAAAAUUUUCUUUGUGAAUUAACAUGCAGUUAUUUCAGAAACACACAAAAACACAAUUUUUGAUUAAUUUCAUAUUAGUAACAUCUUCAUUUUGUGGCUUUUAUGUCCUUGCAACAAUAUUAAUAUUAGGUACUUCAAAUUCAAAGCUAUUAUUACAUUUACAUAAUUUUUCAUCACAAGAUGUGUCUAUAAUUACAACCACAAACACAACUCUAGAUCAUAUUGUGUUUGGUAUUGCUUCAAGCAAAAGUUCAUGGACAAAGAGAAAAGAUUAUGUGAAACUAUGGUGGAAAACCAACAAUGCAAUGAAGGGUUGUGUGUUUCUGGAUAGUUUACCUCCAAAUGAAGAUGACCCUUCUUCUUUUCCGCCACUUUGUGUCUCGAAAGACACUUCGCGGUUUAAAUACACUUGUAAAGGUGGACUUCGAUCAGCUAUACGCGUGGCGCGUGUUGUUGCAGAGACGGUUGCCUUGAAUCAUUCGGAUGUGAAGUGGUAUGUAUUUGGAGACGAUGAUACGGUUUUUUUUCCGGAGAAUUUAGUGAAGACUCUUUCUAAAUAUGAUCAUGAGCUUUGGUAUUAUAUUGGUGCACACUCCGAGAUUUAUGAGCAAAAUCGGAUUUUUGGUUUCGGAAUGGCUUUUGGUGGUGCUGGUUUUGCUAUAAGUUCUUCUCUGGCUAAAGUUUUGGCUAAGGUUUUUGAUUCUUGUUUGGAAAGAUACCCUCAUCUCUAUGGAAGUGAUGGAAGGGUUUACUCUUGCUUAGCAGAACUUGGUGUUGGAUUGACACAUGAACCAGGUUUUCAUCAGGUUGAUUUGACUGGAAACACUUUUGGCCUGUUAGCAUCACAUCCAGUAACACCGUUAUUAUCACUACAUCAUCCAGAUUACACAGAACCAAUCUUUCCGAACAUGACAAGGACAAAAGCCCUCCAACAUUUAUUUCAAGCAGCAAAAGUUGAUUCUCAAAGAAUACUACAACAAACAAUUUGCUAUGACAAAAGGUUUUCAUGGACAAUUUCAGUUUCAUGGGGUUAUGCUGUUCAAGUUUUCCCAAAUCAUAUGUUUUUGCCUGAAGUUGUUAAUGUUCAAGAAACAUUCAAGCAAUGGAAAAAGGGAAAUAUGUUGGCAAAAGCAUAUACUUUUAAUACAAAACCACUUCAUUCUGAUCCUUGUAAAAGAUCUACUAUCUUUUAUUUUGAUAGUGUUUCUUCUGGUAAUGAUGGUUUCAUAAGUAGCUAUUAUAAGAGAUCUUUUCAAAAUUGCUCAAAGAAUUUGGUGUCUCCAAAGAAAGUUGAAGUUAUCAAAGUUGUCACUCAUAAGCUAAACCUUGGCAUCAAACAGUUGCAGGCUCCAAGAAGGCAAUGCUGUGAUGUAUUGCCUUCUAGUGCUGGUGACCAAAUGGAGAUUGCUGUUAGAGAAUGCAAAGAUGAAGAAUUGAUUUAUAUGCACUGAAGUGUUGCCUAUGAUGUGACCAAGUGUUGUUUCUUUUAAUCCAAUAUAUAAUCUAUCAAGUCUACAUUUAGGUUAUGAGAUUGUAAAUGACGAGAAAUUAUUAAAAAAAUAGAUUAGUUGGUGAUCCAUGAUUAAAAUUAAUAAAACUCCAAAUUUCCAAUAUGAUACUUUAUUCAUC